AUGGAGAGAGAGGUCAAAUCCGGAAAGUGGGACUGGGUUGUUUGGGCAGACUGCGACACGUACUUCAUGAACAUGAGUGUCACGGUGGAAAGCGUCCUUUUCACCUACGCGGGCAUCGAAGAGCGCGGCGAGCUGACCCUGGAUCCUCAGGUCCACAUGAUUGUCAGCGAAGACAGUGCCAUGCUCAACACAGGCAUCUUCUUCGUUAAAGGAGCCAGUUGGGCUGAGCAGCUCUUUGAGCGGGUUUGGGGCACGGAUGAUUCACCAUGGAUCAAUCACCCUUGGUGGGAGAAUGCAGCGAUUGCGUGGCAGUUCCUCAAGGACAACCCACGAAAGUUUGCAUCGGAAGACUUGGAGGAGUGGGCAGCUCGAGGAGAAGGUGACCUUGAUGGCGUCUAUCCGCCAGAAGUGCGAGUGGCCCCUCAGUCCCACUUCAAUUCCUACCAUCCCAUAACGUCGCGCUUUCAGCAUGACACUUGGGAGGAGGGCAAGUUCGUCAUUGCCUUCAACGGCGUGUUGAGUGCAAGCAGCCCCACUGUGGUGAGAACCCUCUACGGGAACUAUUAUCUGAGAGCAUGUGAGCUCAACAACUUGUCAAGCUGCGAGGGCAUUGAUUGA